AUGUCCUCAGAAAGUCCUACACCAGCGCUGAAAGCAGCCAUCCUCAUCGUCUCAACAACAGCAUCUCAAGACCCCGCAACGGACUUCGCCGACGUCACUCUCCGCCAGGUCUUCGAAGAACAACAACUACAAGGCCAAGGAUCGCUAUGGGAGGUUCAUGAAUCCAAAAUUGUCCCCGACGAUGUCGUGCAAAUCCAGAAGCAGAUCCACCUCUGGACUGACAAAACCCCCAAUGACAACACCAUCAACCUCAUCGUAACCACAGGCGGCACCGGCUUUGCCGUGUCUGACCAAACCCCCGAAGCCGUCUCCGCUCUCCUCCACAAGGAAGCUCCCGGCCUAGUCCAUGGCAUGCUAGCGGCUUCGCUGCAGGUUACCCCCUUUGCCAUGAUGUCGCGGCCUGUGGCUGGCGUUAGGAAUGGCACCGUUAUCAUCACGCUGCCGGGGUCUCCCAAGGGUGCGAAGGAGAAUCUGCAGGCGGUGAUCAAUAUGUUGCCACAUGCUUGCUUGCAAGCUGCUGGUGCUAACUCGAGAGCUUUGCAUAAGGGCGGAGUGAAGAGGUUGGAGAAGGAGGCGGGGGUGGAAGGAGGUGGUGGACGUGAGGAGGAGGAGGAGGAGGAGGAGGAGGAGGAGGUGGAGGAGGUUGCGGCGGACACGGCCAUAGUCACGGUCAUGGCCACGGCCACGGCGCUCUACGUCCGCCACACCACCCCUAAUCAAGCUCCGACCCAAUCCAACGACUCCCACCUCGGCCCCAGCCGCCGCCACCGCGAAUCUCCCUACCCCAUGCUCUCCGUCACCGAAGCGCUCUCCCAAAUAGCGCAACACACACCCUCUCCGCAGGUCGUCACGGCAAAGGUCGACAGCUCGCUUGUCGGCGCCGUUCUGGCGCAGGACGUUUCAGCGCGCGAGAACGUGCCCGCCUUCCGCGCCAGCAUCGUGGACGGGUACGCCGUGGUCGUGCCCCAGGACGGGAACAUGCGUGGAGUUUUCCCCGUCGUUUCCGUUUCCCAUGCGGCGCCCGGUGAGGAUAUGCCGACGUUAAAGGAGGGCGAGAUCGCGAGGAUUACUACCGGCGCUCCGCUGCUGCCGGGGGCGACGUCAGUUAUUAUGGUUGAGGAUACGGUGUUGGUGUCGACGGAGAAAAAGACUGGGGAGGAUGGAGUGGAGGAGGAAAAGGAGGUGAAUAUUCUGGCGGCAGAUGAAGUCCACGAAGGCGAGAAUGUGAGGGAGGUGGGUAGUGAUAUCAAGCAGGGCCAACGAAUUCUGGGCAAGGGGGACCAGGUGUCUGCGGUGGGUGGUGAGAUUGGGUUGCUAGCCGCCGUGGGCGUGGGCGAGGUGCAGGUGUACCGACGUCCUGUUGUGGGCGUUUUGUCUACGGGUGAUGAAAUUGUGGACCAUGAUCGCCCGGGGGACUUGCGGCUGGGCGAGGUGCGCGAUACGAACCGGCCAACGCUCAUCUCGGCGGCGAGAGACUGGGGGUAUGAGGUGAUUGAUCUUGGAGUGGCGCGGGAUAAGGCUGGGACUCUGGAGGAGACGCUGCGACAGGCGUUGAGGCAGGUUGACGUAGUCAUCACUACAGGCGGAGUGUCCAUGGGCGAGUUGGAUCUCCUCAAGCCCACGAUAGAACGGUCGUUGGGCGGCACGAUUCACUUUGGUCGGGUGGCGAUGAAGCCUGGCAAGCCCACCACGUUUGCUACCGUUCCGGUGAAAGAUAACGACGGCGAGAGGGUCUCCAAGGUGAUCUUCUCGCUACCGGGGAAUCCGGCAUCGGCGUUGGUUACGUUUCACUUGUUUGUGCUGCCGUCCCUGCACCAAUUGUCCGGCAUCUCGCCACCUGGCUUGCCAAAGUUGCCCGUGACACUGGGUCAUGAUUUCUCGCUGGAUAGGUCUAGACCCGAGUAUCACCGGGCUAUCGUCUCUGUGAAUAAGGAUGGAGUGUUCACCGCGGUCAGCACAGGAGGACAGAGGAGCUCGAUGAUAGGGAGCAUGAAAGGGGCGAACGCGCUUCUCGCCUUGCCUAGCGGUCCAGAACAGUUGCGGAAGGGGGUCAAGGUGGAAGCAUUGCUUAUGGGCGGUUUACGAAGUGACAUGUGA